CUCCGGCCCCUCACCCUCGAUCCGAUUCAGCUGCGGCGACCGCUGAUCCGCGGGGCGAACUGAAUCUAACCAGCGGCGACCAUGAGCGAGGUGUUCGAGGGCUACGAGCGGCAGUACUGCGAGAUCUCCGCCUCCCUCUCCCGCAAGUGCGCCGCCGCCUCCGCUCUCGAUGGCGAGAAGAAGAAGGAGAAGCUGUCCGAGAUCCAGGCCGACGUGCAGGAGUCCGAAUCGCUGGUAAAAACCGAUGCAACCCAAUCCUCCAUGCGCAGAACUAGUCUUACUACGCUUAAUUUUAGCCGCGCUGAACAAACUCCCCACCUACUUUAGACAUAGACUAUGUUA